AAUAUAUCCGUAGAGCAUCGCGCGAAGUUAACCUCUAGCAGACAGCAUGUAUCGAUACAAUAGGGAGAAGGUGGAAGUCAUUAACACGUAUAUGAUUGUCUUUCUUUAAACAGUUAUACAUUUUAGUUUUCAAAACGGUUUCAUGUGUAUAUUUCUCUCGUGUAUCGUACAGAGAAAGUGCCUCGCACUUCAAGAGAACGUCGCGUAAUACAGCGCGCACCUGCCAACUUCCAUGAGAAUGUUGUGUAACUUUUAGACUGGUCAGAAUUGUUCUUAUUUUGGAUGGUGGAAGUGUUAACGAAAAUGGCGACUAACAUCAGUAAUUUAUCUAGGGUACGUGCUUUGUAUAAAGGCAUCUUAAAGCUUCACAGAGGUCUUCCUUUAGAAAUGAAAGCGAUUGGGGACCAGUAUGUGAAAUCUGAAUUCAGACUACACAAGAAUAGCCUGGAUCAAGAGGCAAAGGUCUUCAUGUCAGAGUGGACAAAAUACUACAUGUCAUUGGCAAAGCAGCUUGGUCAACGGAAACAGAAACAGAUGAUUGGUUUUGAACUAUCCCCGGAAUUGCUAGAAAAUUUUCGAGAGGAACAAGUUGGACAGUUGGUGGAAUUACUGAAAGAAUCUUGUAAACCAAAGGAAGAAGAAAGCUAGCAGUGACCUGAAAUUGUGUGUGCCUGUAAAUGGUUGAAUAAUAGUGUGGAUAUGAAAACUCAACUGAACUGUAAUAAAUUUGUAUAACACCUUU